GGACGCCUCAAUUCACCAUAUAAUAUAGUUUUCAGAUAAUUGCAGCUUCGUUUGAUCAGAUUCUCCGCUCCGUAAAUUGUUGUCUUCCACUAAGUUAACAUCAAGUUGAAGCAACAUAGGAUGUCCGGGAUGUCCAGGGAUGUACGUACUACCCCGGCAUCUUCCCGCGCAUGCAUCAAUUCCCGCCAUGGGGGUUACUUUGAUACAUGAUUUGUCAAAUACCUUCUUUCCUUGAUGUCACUGCCAUAGUAAAAGUGUCCGUCACGUAGGGCCACGAACAUCGCCACGGGCAUCUACCCGCACGGAAGUGGCGAUUAUUAAAUCAAUGCGUAUGCUAGAGAGAUCCCGAUACUUUGGGAGCCCUUGUACCCGGCAUCCUACCGAACUACCGCUGGUAUUUGCUAGCUAGUAGCUUCUCUCCCUAGAUAUUUGAUCCAGUCUCUUAUUUGUAGUGCAGGAUAUGUUAAGAAAUGGAUAUUCGUGUUGGGAAUAGUAGCUCACCCGCUCAACUACCAGGCCUUCUCCAAAGUACUCAUUAGGUAAUGGCAGACGUUAAUACUCUUACGAAUCUCCAGAAGACCUACGCAGGUCCCCACGCAUCACCAGCAUCACUCAAUACCCCUUUUAGAGAAGCACUCAGAUCAUAUUCCACAUCACAGUCGCUUCAGUUCUCUGAGGAUACUUUAGGAAACAUUUACAUCACUCGACGCGAGCGGGAUACAGAUAUCGCGCCUAUUGCUAUUGCUUUCCCACUAGACGGUGGCCUUUCUGAACCAUCCUUCACAAGUGCCUUUCGCGUAUUUUCUCUUCUAUCCGAAGUAUCUCUUCCAUGCAACCCAGUUCUCGUAGGAUGGACGACUUUAGGGUCGCGACUCAUCGGUCAAGAGCUUUGGGAAGCAUCAGCCACGGCACCUUCGUAUAGCGUGCCCCCAGAAUUGCAGGAGUUCCAGGGAAAAACUAACGCAAAAGAUGUAUCAUUCUCUGCUGUUUUUGGAGCGUCGGAGCAGAAGGGGAUACCCCUGAGAAUUGAGGGGAGCUCCAUCCUCGUCGAGAAAACGCGAAAGCUCGCGACAGGACAGACAGAUAUCCGACAGUCCCAUAAGAAGAUUAUUAGGGCGCCGUGGGUUUCUAUCACGGGGCCUGAAGCAGAAGCUGUGGCGGUUGCAGCUAUUAAGGAGUAUAGCGCCUACAUUGUAGCUUUGUUCGAUAAUUUUGAUUAGUGUACGGAAAAGCAACUGGAUAUUUCGUUUAAUUUUACGCUCUAUACCUACGUACCAAAUUUGAGUGUAG